AAGGAAGCUUACAGCGGUGAAGAAGGAAGUGGAGGGAAACCAACGAAGAAGAAGCAGAAGUCCAACUGAUUUUCUGUGGGCUCGAGUGUGCGUUUUUGGUGAUUUUGUGUGAGUGUAUUUACAGGAUGCUGCUGAUUCUGUCUGAAGAACAUAAAGAACAUCUGUCCUUCCUGUCGCAGGUGGACACCGAGGUGGUUACAGAGUUUGGUCGAAUUGCUCUGGAGUUUUUGAGGAGAGGAAGCAGCCCCAAGAUCUAUGACGGAGCGGCUAGGAAGCUGUCUGUUCCUGUGGACAUGGUCCAGCAUGGAGUAGAAGGACUGAUGUUCCUGAUGACAGAGAGCUCCAAACACUUGGUCUCUGAUGUGGAUUUCCAGGACUCUGUGUUAACCUUGGGCUUUAGCGAAGAGCUCAACCAGAUACUCGUACAGCUCUAUCUGCAGCACCGCACACAGAUUCGUAGCAUCCUGAGUCAGCUGCCUCCCACUCUGCCUGCCUACCACAACCUGGAGUGGAGACUGGAUGUGCAGCUGGCAAGUCGCUCCCUACGUCAUCAGAUCAUUCCAAUGCUGAUGAUGCGUCUUCAUCUGAACAAAAGUGAUGUCAGUGGCAGCAGCACCAGCAUGGUUCUACAGACAGACCCCAGUACCCUCCUCCACCUCAUCUCCACUCUGGAAACUGCUCUAGCUGCCGUGAAAACCAGUCACUCUCGACGUAUUUUACGCAACAUCAAAUGACGACUCAGAUCAUUUCCUGUAUAGUUUUUGGAGAAAAAAAAGAGACAUUUCUGCGUUUGUAUCUGCAUAAAACUUUUACUGACUGGCAGAUGCUCAUCAUUUUGUAAUUUUGAUAAAUGCUCUGAAUCCCAUUGAAUAUAUUGUACAUAAUAUUUCUACUUUGUUAAUGAUUUUACAUUAAAGGUACACAGACUGCA